CUGAAGACUAUUUCUUUCAGGACAAGUGAUCCACUUCUACUGCAAUUCAUCUACACUUCGCCAGCCGUCCAACGACUUCCAUUUUCUGGUCAGCUUUUCUGUUGGGUGCAGACAGCGAAAGUCUUUCAUGAUACUCGGGCGUUGGCCAUCAAUGAAACGUGGCUAUCCAGGUGCGAUCACGGGCAGUUGUUCACUGAUGGUUUCUUCUCUACCGACGAUAUUCCUUAUUCGACAGUAUUCGCAGGCAUUCCCGAUUCUUAUUAUAAUCUCUUCUAUAAGAGCCGUUAUGCCUUCUUCUACACAUAUCAAUACAUUUCUAAGGACUUCGACUGGUACAUGAAGGCUGACGAUGAUACGUAUGUGGUUGUGGAACAUCUGAAGGACUAUUUAUCUACGCUCGAUCCUAACAAUCCCUAUUACCUCGGCUACACCUUAAAACCAUAUUUGAAGCAUGGUUACAAUGCUGGUGGUGCUGGAUAUGUCCUCUCUCGAGCGGCUGUGAAGAUAUUCAACGAAUUUCUCUACGGAAAUGAAACGCUGUGUCCUGAUGAUAUCUACGAAGACGUCGGAAUUGGGAGGUGUUUGGCGAGCAUUGGUAUUUUUCCUCAUGACACUCGCAACAAUCAUGGACAAAAUCGCUUCAAUACCUACGCACCAAGUGAGGCUUACCAUGCGUCGAAAAACGAUCCGAAGUGGACGUUUUUCGACGAGAAGAAGGUUUGUUUUCGAUUUAAAUGGUUCAGAUCAACGAUGUUAUAG